GUCAAGUACAAGCAUAUACACCAUGGCCUCGCUCCUCCGCUCUGCCCGUGUAGCCUCGACGUCGUCGCGCCUUGUUGCCGCCAGGUCGCUCCACUCGUCCGCCGUGAGGCGCGACCACUUCCUCGACGUUGACCCGGCUGCAUUCAAGGCGCGCGCGCUCGACGAGAAGUCGUCCAAGCCCGUCCUGGUUGACUUUUACGCCGACUGGUGCCAGCCCUGCCGCGUCCUCCAGCCCUUGCUCAAGGGCCUCACCGCUCCCGGCUCCGACUACGACCUCAUCACCCUCGACGUUGACAAGUUCCCCGAGAUUGCCGGCGAGUACAAGGUCACUGCCCUCCCCACCGUUGUCGCGUUCAAGGACGGAAAGGUCAAGAACAAGUUUAUUGGGUUCCGCCCCGAGGCCGAGCUCAAGAAGUUCCUCGACCUUCUGUAGAUGGCGAGGAUGGACAUCUUGGACUGCAGAGCACGAGGAAGGUUUGGCCGAGGCGGAGGCGCAAUACGGAGUGCAG